AUAUAUUUUGGAUUUAGAAACUAAAAACUAAAAAGUAUUAAAGUGCACAUUGACCUGUGAAUUGGUUACAGUUUUUAAUACGGUGAACACAAGGAAAGAGUAGAAUCGAAGGGCAAGGGAGGGGAACACAACCCUGGGAAAUCAACAGACGUGAAAUCAAACAACAACGUUCGGAAAUGGAAGCACUGUUGUGCACAAAAUUGGGUGACCCAACGGUGGGUUUGGAAGAAAAUUCGAGCCCAAUAGUUGUGUCAAAGAAUCACCCAAUCCCUCAACUCAAUUCUCCCACUUCCGUAAGAGUCAGAAUCAAAGCCACAAGCUUGAACUUCGCCAACUACUUGCAGAUGCUCGGAAAGUACCAAGAGAAAUCCCCUCUCCCAUUCAUCCCUGGCUCCGAUUUUUCUGGCUUCGUCGAAGCUGUUGGCCCAAAAGUUUCCAACUUUCGUGUCGGAGACCCUGUUUGCUCCUUCGCCAGUCUCGGCACUUUCGCGGAGUUCGUUGUCGUUGACGAGUCCCAAUUGUUUCGAGUGCCAAAAGGUUGUGAUCUUGUUGCUGCUGGAGCACUUGCUGUGGCGUUUGGUACUUCUCAUGUUGCACUCCUCCAUAGGGCUAAAUUGACAUCUGGCCAGGUGUUGUUGGUUUUGGGGGCAGCUGGUGGUGUGGGCCUUGCAGCUGUGCAGAUUGGAAAAGCAUGUGGUGCCAUUGUCAUUGCUGUGGCUAGGGGAGCUGAGAAGGUGAAGCUCUUGAAAUCGCUUGGUGUUGAUCAUGUGGUGGACUUGAGUGAUGGAAAUUUUAUGCAGAGUGUCAAGGAGUUCCUUCAGGCCAGAAGGCUUAAGGGGAUUGAUGUCCUCUAUGACCCAGUUGGAGGCAAGCUUGCUAAAGAAUCUUUGCGGCUUCUGAAAUGGGGAGCUAACAUUCUAAUAAUUGGGUUCGCAAGUGGAGAAAUUCCUGUCAUCCCUGCUAACAUUGCUCUUGUUAAGAAUUGGACAGUGCAUGGCCUCUAUUGGGGUAGCUACAAAAUACACUGCCCAGAUGUUCUCGAAGAUUCUAUAAAGGAACUGUUGUCUUGGUUGGCAAGGGGCUUGAUUUCCAUCCAUAUUUCUCAUUCUUACCGUCUGUCAGAGGCCAACCUCGCCUUUGCUGCCAUCAGAGAUAGGAAAGUUAUUGGAAAGGUGAUGAUUGUUUUUGACGAGAAAUUUACAAGAUCUAAGCUGUGACCCUGCCAAAAUUAUGCUUUGAUUGAAAUUGUGUAGCGACUAAGAGAAGUUAGUACAUGGCAAAACAAAAAUACAAGGAGCAAUAAUUGCCAAAAUUAUGUACAAAAAACAUUACCCUUGAAGUCUCCACAACGUUAUGUAAAAUCUUUACUUUAUUGGGAAGAUUUUUUUUUUCACAAAAUUUAGUACCGCUUACGUGAACAUUUUUAUACAAUGCCCCAAACUCAAAGCUGUCUACUCUAUUGCUACGGAGCGAGGUUAAUUUUUACAUUCUUCUAUGAUAAGAAACUUUAGGUGCCAACAGUUCUCUGAUUCAUUAAAUUUUCUGUUUUUCUCU